AAAAAAAAAAAAAAAAAUGAAAACCAGACAUCAGAAAAAAAGACAAGCUCACAGCGAUGAUGACAAGGAAGAAGAAUACGUUUCAGAAUCAGACCAAGAGGAAUUAGAGAAGGAGGAGGACGAUACUCAUGCUGAUGGCCUUACAGAAUACGAGCGCAUGCGCUUGGAGAAUAUCAGGAAGAACAGGGAAGCGAUGCGCUUGCUCGAGUUACCAGAAGCCGUAUCUGCUGUUCAGUUAUCAUCACAUCGUCUAGAUCGGAAUAAGCGUUCUGCCCCCACUCCAGGCGUCAAGCGCGAAAAACGAAUCAAGAGCACUGAAGUUCCUUUACCUAGACGAACUUCCAAUCGCCUAGCAAAAAUCGAGCCAAAUAGUCCUGUUGCUGAGCGCAAGCUGGAGGAAUACAAAGAAACUGUCACUACAAUAAAUCAGUACCAAAAAGCUCGUCGUGCUGGAAUUCUCUCACUGGAGGAUGUCACGAGUGGAUAUGGCGAUGACUCCAAAUUUGCAAAACUGAUGGCGGAAAUAGCAACCUAUGUCCCCGAAAAGGCUAGGGUCAAGGACAUUGAGGAUGAAAGCGAUGGCGAGCUUAAUAUUAAUGAUAAUGACGAUAAUAUUACAGCAGUCAAAAGAGAACAGGAAGAAGACAAAGUAGUCAAGAAAGAAGAAGAGGACAAAUUGACCAAGAAAGAGGAAGGCGAAGACAAAUUGAUCAAAAAGGAGGAAGAUGGGAAUGAGAAAAAGGAAGGGAUCAGAAAGUAUUUUAGACCCGCUAGACGUGCUGCCGCUUCUGCAGUCGCUACAGCUUCAACUGUUCCCUCUCCCUCCACUUCUGCUUCAAAAACCGCAUCGUCCGAUGCUGGUAAAGUUAGUCACCCAACAAAGACAUCAUCCUCCAAAUCCGGGAAGGGGCUAUCAUUGCGAAAACAGGUGCAAGCCCUCAAGAUUCGAGGACCUUGGCCAACUGUCAAGGUCUGCCAAGGCCGUAUCUACUGUAUGGCCAUCCAUGAAAACAAGGACAAGGUCUUGGUGUGUGGGGGUGAUAUUGACGGCAACCUUGGGUUCUGGGACCUCGAUGAAUCUCUAGCAGAUGAUUAUGAGCCAGAGUUAGACGAAGAGCCUAAUAUUUAUUCAUACAAAGCCCACACUCGAACACUCUCCAGCAUGCAAUAUUCCCCUACAGACCCUACAAAGCUCUUCACAACAUCUUAUGAUGGCUCAGUGCGUUACCUGGAUUUGGUAAAGCAAAAGUUCAUGGAGUCAUAUGUGGUCUCGCCUGAUGUGUCAGAUCACCUUGGAUCCAUUUCGAUCGACUCGACAGGUCAGCAACUCUGGCUCGCAGACAAUGAUGGAGCUGUUACACUCAAGGACAUUCGUACUCCGAAGGACGAGAUGGUUUAUCGCAAGAUCCUGCAUGAGAAAAAAGUUGGAUGUGUAAACGUGAAUCCAAAGUACGGACACUUGAUCGUCACCUCUUCCCUAGACAGGACGAUGAAGAUCUGGGAUGUCAGAACAUUUGGGCAAUAUAAUAAGGAAGACGAUGUCAUCCCAGAGUUGGACGGGUUUCCGCAUAGACUGAGUGUCACAAGCGCCAUGUGGAGCCCAGAUGGCGCUAGCAUUGCAAGCACAUCAUAUGAUGACAAAGUGCGCAUUUUUAACAAUUUUGACCCUGCAUUGCCGGAUUUGAAAAAGAUUCCAGAACCCGUCCGAAUCCAUCACAACAACCAGAGUGGCCGUUGGGUCACUAUGUUGCGCGCAGUCUGGGCCCACCAGUUCAAUUGGUUUUCGAUCGGAAAUAUGAACAAGUCUGUAGAUAUCUAUUCAAGAGGCACAGGCGACCUCAUGGCGAAUCUCAAGGAUGCUCAUGUUCUGACAACCGUUCCUGCAGUCAAUGCCUGGCAUCCAAAUCGUGUUUUAUUAGCCAGUGGCAUGGCAAACGGAAAGAUGGUUAUUUGGCGAUGAUUCCAAAUCCCUGUUAUAGUAAUAAAGGGAAAUGUUUUUGGAGAAUUCAUUGUUGAUUUAAAUG